GUUAUCAUUAUAAUUUGUUAUUUUUUUAAAAUGUCGAACAAAUAGUUAUGAGUAACGUAAUAAAUAUUAAUACCCGUUCGUCUAUACCUUUGUACUUGUACUAACAGAUUAAUUAAUUUUUAUUUACGAUAAAUAUUAUUAACUAAUAGAAAUAUAAUUAUAUACAAGAUAGCAGAUUAGCGUAGAAAAAAGAGUUACAAUUUUUUUUUUUUAUACUUUUUUUUUUUAUUAACAAAUUGAUAAAGUAACUGUGACUUUUAAGAGUCUUGUAGACAUUUUUAUCGGCACAUUGAUCGAGUACUGAGCAUUCAAAUUAACAAUGGAAAGUCCAGAAACUGAACAAUCGAAUGUAGAAGAACGACUAAAUAUUUCGGGAGAAUUGACAGAUGAACAAGAAACUCCAGAGGAACCAGAGGAAAGUGUUCCAGUAGUUGAUGAAGAGACAAAAGAAAAAUUAUUAAAACUACCUCUUGGAAGAGUUAAAAUAAUUGCUAAAACAGAUCCGGACGUUAAUUUAAUAAAUCAGGAGGCCAUGUUCCUCAUUACUAAAUCAACGGAAUUAUUCAUUGAUUCGAUAGCAAAAGAAGCUUAUAAAUAUACCGUUCAGGCAAGAAAAAAAACAGUUCAAAAAAAAGAUUUGCAACAGGCUAUUGAUAACAUUGAUGCGCUUGCAUUUUUAGAGGGAAUGUUGGAACAGUGGACGUAAUUAUUAACAUAUAUUUUAAUAAAUUACGAAAUUUUUCUUUUUUUUUAUCAAUACAAUAAAUAAAAUAAAUUUUAUACUUUUAA